AACUACUAGGGUUUCAAUUCGAUCGGAGAGAAGGCGAUGGAUAUGGCUGGUUCUGAAUCCGGCGACGGCAUGAAAAAUUCGAAAUUGCAGGUUGGGGAAUCAGAAACGAAGAAGCUAAUCAACAAGAUACCCCGACAAGUGACGGAAUUGUGCGAGAAGAAACCGGCGACGAACAAGCGCACGGCGAGAAUCAAUAUGAUAAUCGACCUCGUUUAUCAAUUGAAAGAGGAGGAAUCAGAGGAGGAUGAUAAACUCGAAUCGAUGAAGAAAUUGGAAGAGGAGCAAAAGAAAUUGGAAUCGAUGAUGAAAUUGCAAGAGGAGCAAAAGAAAUUGGAAUCGAUGAUGAAAUUGGGAGAGGAGAAGAAAUUGGAAGAAGAGAAGAAAUUGGAAGAGGAUACGAAAUUGGAAUCGAUGAAGAAAUUGGAAGAGGAGGAGAAGAAAUUGGAAUCAGUGAAGAAAUUGGAAGAGGAGAAGAAAUUGGAAUCAAUGAAGAAAUUGGAAGAAGAGGAUACGAAAUUGGAGUCGAUGAAGAAAUUGGAAGAAGAGGAAACGAAAUUGGAAGAAGAGAAGAAACUGAAAUCGAUGAAGAAAUUGGAAGAGGAGAAGGAAUUUGAAGAGAUGCUGAAACGGGUACAUGUGGAUAUAAGGAACUCGAUUAUCAGGGACUUUUGUUUUUGUUAUGAUGCCAAGCUAACGUAUGAUCGAGAUUCAACCGAUUUCUGUAAUCCCGUAGAAAUGCUGAGGCUCAAAGGUUAUGCACAAAUGGCAAUUGAUGUGUUCAACAAAAGACAGCACAUACAAUACAAUGUGGAUGAAAUCGACAUAGCGACCACACGUAUAGUCGAUGAUGGAUUUAUAGUGUUUCUGCUUUUUACCGCCAUGGCGGAUGCUGUCCAUCAAUUUAACAAUGUCGAUUUUUUCAGAGCAGAUAUUCACGGUGGAACGCAACUUACUGAAGUGACUUACGUCGAUUACUCCUUUCUUUAUGAUUGCAUGUGA